GACGGAUCUAACAAAGUAUGGCUGAAAAUAUGGAGAAACAUCCAUGCAAACGCGUUUUUAUCAACAAUGUGGAUAAUUAUACCUCAAAAUAUAUAGGAAAGUUUUUAGCCUCAUGUGUAGUUGGAGCAUCCCAUUUUCCUGAACAAUUACAGGAUGAGCAGGCAAACGAGUCAAGUUCCCAAAAAGAAGGAUUUUAUCAGAUUGUUGGAACCGUUUCGGGUAGAACGGAGAAGAAGUCCAGUUUUACAGUAGAAGAAUAUACUAACUUAACACGUGAAGAGCUUUUCCAUCACCUGAUGGAGUCGGAUGUUGUCAUUUAUAACAUUUACAGCGAGCAUGCUGAUCAGAUAGACGAAGCCUCUUGGGCGGUCUCAGCUCUUCACAAAGAAAUCGAUGCAUUUCCUGGACCGAAGACGUUCAUCUUAAUCUCCUCGGUCAUGACAUGGGCUCUGACUAAGACACUCGAUCCAGACGAUCCAGUGAUUCAUCUUACAGAAUGGGACUACAGGAGACGGAAACCGCAUCCCAACUUUAAGGAUCAUCUCACUGUGGAGAAGCUUGUGGUUAAACUGGGAAAAUCUAAUCCGUCACAGUUCUCUACUUAUGUGGUUGCAUCUGGACUGCAAUAUGGAAAGGGAGAGCAAGCGUUUCAUUUCUUUUUCAAGACAUCGUGGCUGGGAGAGGAACGCGAAGUGCCGAUCUUUGGAGACGGCUCCAAUAUCAUUCCUGCUAUUCACAUCAGUGAUCUGGCAGGGAUUGUACAGAAUGUAAUCGACCGUAAGCCGAAGCCGCAGUACUUUCUUGCAGUGGAUGAAUCACAGAAUACCAUUGCUGACAUUAUCAGCGCGAUAGCGUUGGUGCUCGGGUCAGGAAAAACCCAAAACGUUCCAGAAGAGGACGUAUUUUUCAUAGAAGAAUUGACACAAUCAGAAAUUGACCAUUUGUUCGUCAACCUUCGAAUGGAAGCCAUUUUUUUGAAUAAGAAUAUCAGUAAAGUGAAUUUCAGUAUCAACUGGGUUUCAAAGAGAGGCAUUGUUGAGAGCAUCACCCGAAUCGUGGAGGAGUACAAGCUCACCCGAGGCCUGCUGCCUGUUCACAUCUGUGUCUUGGGACCUCCUGCUGUCGGGAAAAGCACCAUAGCUGAAAAGAUCUGCAAGCACUACAAACUGCACCAUGUAAAACUCAAAGAGACCAUCACUGAGACUCUCGCGAACCUGGAGUCGUGUGUCCGCGUGGGAGAGGCAGAAAAGAAAGGGGACGAUGAAUCACUUGGAACACAGGAGCUUUUGGAGACACUGACAAAGAACAUGGAAAAAAAUGGAGGCCGGUUGGAUGGGCAGUAUGUUAUCCAAAUCAUGAAGGACAAGCUGAAGACUAAACCAUGUAGAAAUCAAGGAUUCGUCCUGGACGGCUUUCCAAAGACAUACGAGCAAGCUAAAGAGCUGUUUUGUGCCGAGGUUGAUCAAGCUAAAGACGAGCGGUCAAAAAUCCCUCCACACAACAAGGAAAUCAUCCCAGAGUUUGUGUUCUCUCUGGAUGCCACUGACGAGUUCCUGGAGGAACGUGUGCUGAACCUGCCUGAGAAUGUGGUGCAGGGAACGUCACACUCCGUGGAGAAGUACUUUCCGCGUCUGGCCACGUUCAGAAAAAACAAUUCAGAGGAUGAAGCUGUGCUGAAAUACUUUGAAGAGCUGCUGAUUCACCCUGAGCAUAUAGAGAUUAAUAGUGAUGACUUGGAGAAUGUCCUGGUAAUGGAGAAGGUGAUGGAGAGUGUGGGGAAGGCCAGGAACUAUGGCCCCACUGCAAAGGAUUUGGAGGAAGAGCGGAGGCAGGUGGAGAUCAGAUUGAUGGAGAAGGAGGAGGCGCGUCAGGCUGAAGCCAAGCGCAGGAAGGAAGAAGAGGAGCAGUGGGCACAGCAGCAGGAGGAAUGGAACCGAUGUCUGGAUGAAGAGAGGCGACAGGAAGAGGCGCUGUUGAUGGCAGAAUCAGCUCCUCUCAGGCAAUAUUUGAUGAACAGCGUGUUGCCCACCGUGAUUCGAGGCUGCCUCGAGAUCUGUGAGCUCCGACCAGAUGAUCCGAUACAUUUCCUGGCUGAAUAUCUCCUGAAAAACAAUCCAGAAGUGCAACAAAACCCACCUGCGUAUGAAGAUGAACCUCAAAACUGCGAGUCUGUGGGAACUUUUCAGGCCUUAUGUAAGACUUAACGAAGUGAAAGUGUGUUGAUUACGUUGACUUUUAUAUGAUGGAACAUUUUUAUGAAGCACGUUACAGUAAAUUAGUUAAAGCAUGUUCGAAAGCAAACCUUCGAACUUAAAAUAUAUUUAAGCACUUAGAAGAAAACAAAUGUAUGCAAUUAUCUGCUUGUGUUCUAGAAAUAUAUGUUAUUUAUUUUUCAGUAUUUCAGCGAUAAGCUACAGAACAGAAGGUGUGUAUUAUUCUCUAUCAUUCACUGUUGCAGAUCUGCAAGCCUGUACUGACUACCACUCUCUGUUCAAAUCUGUUAUUAGAUCCAAAAAUAUGAAUGUUCUAAAUUAAACUAACUGGAGAUUAAGGAAUAACUGAAUGCUGGAAUCGUCACUGUCCUCAUCAUGUUUGUCCUAAAUGACAUCUUUUUUAAAUUCAUGGAAUAAACCCAGGUGCAUAAAAGAAAAA